GCAUUGCUGCCGUCGACAUUGACAUUUCAGUUUCUCACUUUUGCACGUCUUUACAAAUAGUGUCAGUUCUGUGAUUGAAAACGAACAUUUUUGAAGCUCUUUAAUUUAAAAAUUGUCUUCAAAAUGAAGGCUGUUAUGACAACUUUGGCUCCUACCGUAGAAAUGAGGCAGUUAAUUUUUGGUUGGUCGGAUUACUGUUUGUUUGGCAUAUUGCUUGGAGUUAGCCUUUUGAUUGGACUUUACUUUGCUAUAUUCAGUAAACAAAAUAGUACUUCCGAAUAUCUAUACGGCGGUAAACACAUGCAUUAUAUUCCCGUUGCAAUCAGUAUUCUGGCAAGUUUUUUAUCAGGAAUCACAUUUUUGGGUGUGCCGACCGAAGUCUAUUUGCAUGGCAGCCAAUACUUUGUGGCGACAAUUGCAGCCCUCUUGAUAGGCAUGACUUCUGCCUAUGUCACGAUGCCGGUUUUUCAUCAGCUGCAGGUCUGCAGUUGCCACGAGUAUCUAGAAUUGAGAUUUUCCAAAACCGUCAGAACGUUUGCUGCUGCUCUUUAUACUAUUUCUUUACUGGUGUACAUUCCCAUCGUUAUCUAUACACCUGCGCUUGCAUUUUCGCAAGUUACUGGUUUCGAUAUGCACCUAAUAACACCAUUUUUGUGCAUUAUAUGCAUCACUUAUACGACCUUGGGUGGUGUCAAAGCAGUCGUGUGGACUGAUACGUUGCAGUUCAUUUUUACAGUCAGCGGCUUAGCCACUAUCUUAGUACUGGGUGUAAUUGCAGUAGGUGGUAUAGAAGAAGCAUGGAAAAUAGCCGAAAAAGGGGGGCGAAUAAAAUUUUUCGACUUCAACCCAAGUCCUUUCGAUAGAAAUACAUUCUGGGCAAUGUCCAUUGGCAUGACAUUUACGAUGCUGAGUCGAUUCGGCUUGGGACAAAAAUACAUUCAGAGAUAUUUAGCUAUUGAAAAGGAGUCCGACGUAAGAAAAGCUAUAAUACUGACGUCGUUUGGUUGGGCCACAUUACAAGUUGCGUGCGUCUAUGUUGGAAUAAUAAUGUACGCCCGCUAUCAUAAUUGUGACCCCUAUAAAGCACAGUUAGUGAAACAAAGCGACCAGACUCUGCCGUACUACGUAAUGGACAUUGCCGGGCAUGUUUUCGGCCUCCCGGGUAUAUUCCUUGCUGGCCUCGUGAGCUCUGCUUUAUCCACCAUGAGCGCCAGUCUAAAUACGCUUUCUGGAACUAUUUACGAGAACUUUAUCGAUCGCUUGAUUGCUGAUGGACCAGAGAAAGAUGCUAGAGCCGCCAACAUUAUGAAGGUAAUGUCCGCAAGCAUGGGCCUGGUCACGAUCGGCCUGAUCUUCAUAAUCGAGCGCCUGGGCACAGUGUUCGAGCUAGCGUACGGUUUGAACAGUGCCACCGAGGGUCCGCUCUUGGGACUCUUCAUCCUGGGUAUGUUGUGUCCGUGGGUCGGCAGGAGAGGUGCCAUCAGCGGCGCCUGUGUCUCCCUCAUAGCCAUGUGCUGGCUCGUAGGUGGCACCCAAUGGAACGUGGCCCACAAGCGUAUUCGCAACUCUAGUCUGCCUACCUCCGUCGAGCAUUGUCCCUAUCCUCUGAAUGAGACAGUGUCCCAGCAUGAGGCGACCACCCUGCCGCCCCUCGAACCAGAGGAAGAGCCCAUGCUGCUCUUUCAAAUUGCUAUAUUAUACUUCACGCUCAUUGGCAGUGUUAUUACCGUCGUUGUGGCGAGUGCCGUUAGUUACCUGACCGGGGAAACGGACAAGAUGAGCAAGAUCAAUCCCGAUUACGUUUCGCCGGUUAUUCGUGGAUAUUUACCGCCAAAGGAUUUCUCCAUAGAACUGUCAACCGAUACUUUCACAAACAAAACGUCGAACACGGAGACAGCAGAGGCUUCUUCAUAAUGUUAAUUAUUAAUCUUUAUUUAGCUCAAUAUACUCUAGUUGGAAAACACAGAAA